CUCCUCCAAACAAAGAAUCUCCAGCUCCAACUCCAAACCCUAUCACAGCCUCCCGUCACUAUCUUAAACACUCCACUCUGACACUGCCAACACUGACGGCAAUCUCCUGGUCUACUUUCCGGGAACCACAACUUAACCCGCGACUUCAAUGGCCACAUCCUCCAAUAACCCGGGCCUAGGACCACGCUACGGUCUCGGUCGCGCAGGCGCAUCGGGCGCCGCACAACCCAGCUUCAACACUCCGGCGGCUGCAUUCAGCAGCACGGCGAAAACGCAGCAGAGACUAGAAGCCGAGCGGUUAGAACGCGAUCGGAAAGCGCGAGAGGAUCGCGAGAGGAUGGAGCAGGUGGGGCAGAACAGUCUCGCAGAACUAAGUGAAGAGCAAAGAGAGGAGAUUACUGAAGCUUUCAACCUCUUCGACCUAGACAAAGACCAAUACAUCGACUACCACGAGCUUAAAGUCGCCAUGAAAGCCCUAGGCUUUGAUCUCCCAAAACAAGAAAUCGUCUCCAUUCUCAACACACACGGGAUCCAAGCUACCAACGCCCCGAACCAACCCCAGCCCACAGGCUCCAAAGCGAAGCAGGCCGCGCAACAAGCCUACCAAGCUCCCCCGCGCCUUCUACUACCCUUCCACACCUUCCAGACGCUCAUGGCCUCGCGGAUACUAUCCCGCGAUCCAACGGAGGAGAUUAUACGCGCAUUCGAUCUUUUUGAUGAGGGAGGGAAGGGCAAGAUUACGCUGCAGGAUUUGCGGCGGGUGGCGAGGGAAUUGGGAGAGGGGUUGCAAGAGGAUGAGCUAGUGGCUAUGAUUGAAGAAUUUGACAUGGAUGCUGAUGGCGCGAUCAGUAGGGAGGAGUUCAUAAACAUCUGCUUGGGCUAACGUAACGUAACGUUUGGCUGCAAAGCCAUUUGUGCUUUUGAUGCAUUUCUGGAUUGGUUCGGCGUGGCGUUGGAUGCUUGUUAAAGGUAUUGUGUGAUAGCUUGGCUUAUUUUGGUACCCGGUGAACUGGAUAAAAACGCAGGGUUUGGUUUUCAUGAAGGC